AUGAAAUCGGUUUCUCUGGCUAUUUUGGCUAUUCUCGCCUUGGCGGCCUUUUCCGAAGUUUCGGCCGGGAUCGACCUAACGACUUGUGCAAGGAUGAACGUUCCGAUUCUGAGCAAAGGCGCUCGGGCUCUUUGCAUUGCUUCUUGCAAUCUUCAGGUGAGAAUCGUAUCUUCUACAUCACUCAAAACUGGAAAACCUCCUAAGAAAUGGGGAAAAAUUGUCAAAAUUGUUUCACGUUUUCAGAUUUUUGUUAAUUUUUAAUCUGCUGUCUAGUAUCAAGUGCUAUCAUGGGCAAAAUAAAAAAGGUCUCAAAAAGAACUUUUGGAAAAAAACGCCUUUUUUCUUGACCUUUUUUUGAAAAGAAGGAGGCGGAAAAAAGGAAAAAAAGAAGGAGGAUCCGAGAAACUUUUGACACUUUUUUAGGAAAUCAAAAAGGACCUCUAGGUUAACUUUUCGAGCUUAUUCUGGAGAUUAUUAUUUUUAAAAAUACAUGUUUCGAUUUUUAAACUUAAUUUCUGAAUAAAAAUCAAUAAAAUAUCGUUUCUCUGAGUUAGAAACUAAACUUCCUUGGUUCCAAAGUAAUUCUUAAAGCAUGCUCAGUUCCAGAAACCUUUUCUAGGUUUCCUGAAAACUUUCAUGAUCAAAAAGUAGUACGGAAAACGGCUUUUCAUGAAAUUUUGUUCGAGUUCUUUUUAAAAAAUUAAAAACCUUUUUCAGCAGAAUUAAGUUUUCGAAAUUUUAAUGACAAUGAGCUUUCCCCUAUAAAAAACCUAUAUAAAAAUUCUGGAACUUCUGAAACGACUUCUAAAAAAUAUCUAUCACAAAAAAUGAACUUUUGAACUUGAUCUCAUCUGAUCUCUUUCAUACAUUUCCUCUUUAUCUUUUUUAUAGCAUCUUAAAAAAAUGUUUACACCUCCAUAAAAUUUCAUAACUUCCGAGAAGAAAGCAAAGAACGCGAAUUUCAAACAAAAAAUUUUGAAAUGAAUCAAAAUCACCCUACAAUUUUUGUUUCAGAACUGCGGAACUGGUUACUGUAAAAAGAGAAGCGGAAGGCCGACUUGUAUGUGUUCCCGAUGCGCCAAUGGCGGACAGGAAAUUCCACUCAAGGGAUAA